AUGAGCAGCACCAGAAUCUACAGCGUGGUGGAGGAUCACGAGGACAAGAAGGCCGAGGAGGUCGAGGAGGAGGCCCCCGUUGAGGAGGAGGUUCAGGAAGAGGAGGCCCAGGAGGAGGAGGAGGAGGCUGGCGAGCGCACGCUCGGCUCGAUUCUUAAGCCCGGCGUGACCACCGUGGAGCAGUUCCUUCAGUUCCUGCACCCUCACACCCCCGCCUACAACCCCCACUUCCCCAACACCAACCAGACCAAGCACUGCUGGUCUUCCUACAUCAACUACACCCAGUGCACCAAGCUCAAGGGCGAGGGUGACGCUGAGUGCCGUCGCUUCUACGUCUCUGCCCGUUCGCUUUGCCCCGACGAGUGGCUCGACAGCUGGGCCGAGGCCAAGGAGGAGGACAAGUUCGCGUCGCCCUACGACGUCACCUCCGAGAAGUCCGCCCACUAG